CAAACAUAACAGCUGAUUUUGACGUUAUUUUUAUUCGGUUCUUGUUUGAUUUAUUUUACUAUUUUAUAGCUCUACUUCGUACUCGGAGCUUUUUUUAAUAUUUAAGAAGUUAUGACAGAAACUGUAAAAUAUUUUUAAAUUUACGCAAUGCAGAAGCUGGAACUGACGUUAGCUAUAAUAAAACCACAUGCAGUAUCAAACCCUGUAGUGCUAUCAUUCAUCAGAAACCUUUUGAAAAACAAAUUUGUGGUUGUGAGAACGAAACGGGUUAAUUUAGACACAGAAACAGCUUGCCGUUUUUAUAAAGAACAUUUUGGCAAAUUCUUCUACAAUCGUCUUGUAACCUUUAUGUCAAGUGGGAGCAUAGACCUUCAUGUGCUGGGCCAUGUGAACGCGAUUAGCCUGUGGCGGCAGAUGCUAGGCCCCACCAGUGUGUACAAGGGACAAUUUCAAGAGCCUUACUGUUUGAGAGGCAUGUUUGGUAUAUCAGAUACUAGGAAUGUGGCACAUGGAUCUGAUUCCAAAGACUCAGCAGAAAGAGAGAUAAAGUUCUUCUUCCCUGAUUUUUCCUUUUAUCAAUGGCGUCACCAUGAUGAAGAAUUGUUCCGGAAGGGCCCAAUCAUAUUCAAUGACCACCACUUUCAACAUGUGAAGAGGCUUUAGAUAAUGUUACUGAGUAAAUAAUAAAUGAAGCUGAGGUGAUGAAUAGAACAUUUUACUAGGAUUAGUAAGGGCUAGUGCAGACAAGGGGCGUGUAAGGUCUAUAGAGGAGUACAAUAAAGAAAACUACCACUGGGAACUUGUCAUGGAUUCUAGUCUUCUUGUCUGGAUUAUUAGUUAUUCAAAGAAUGCAGAGAAAACCACAUUAUAGUUAUAAUUCACAUAAUCAUGUGGUAUUUAAGAAAACAUUAUGCUGGGUAAAUUCCUGUAUUUGAAAUGUUUUGUUGAACACUACUUAUUUCUAUAUUUCUGGUAUCUUCCCCAAAUGUUCAGGAUAUUCUUUAACCUAUUUGUGCAUUAUUUAUUUUAGUUUAUAGGACAUAUCAAAAUAAACCUCUUCUAUAGCCCCUUGUCUGUGCAAGCCAUAGAAUAAUAGAUAAUAAAUGUUGAGAAUCACCAAAAAAUAAGGUAAUGAGCAGAGUGACUAAUAUAAAUGAAGACAUUGUUAAUGUUUCGACAUAUUAUAAUUUUGUUUGAAAAGUAAACAAUUUCUGUGAUAAAAAUAAAAUUAUUGAAUGGCUAUAAGCUUGAUGCAGUGCAAUAAUAAUAAUUAUAUGGCUAUCCAUUUACUAUUGGAUAUAAAUAUUGUAUAUAACAAGUUUUUGAAAUAUUCAAUUGAUGGAAAUUAAUUAGUACACUUGCAAUGGAUGUUGGAUUAUGUAUAACCAAAAUAUUUACCCCAGCAGCACUAUCACUUACUAUUUGAGCAUAUUCAGCUCAAAGUGCAUCUGUCUUUGCCAGUUUUUAUACAUAAUAUUGUCAUCACCAGUAGAAGGAAUAUAGUUCACAUGUUGUAUAUUAAUAUUGUAGCUUGCUUGAUCGUCAGUUGUUAUAUUAUUGUUUAUUUGUAUCAAAUAGAUGAAAUAAUAUUAUGAUGUUGGAGACAGUUUAUCAAUCAUUAUAGUUAGUUCUGUUUGUAAAACUUCUUUGUUCAUUUUUAAUUGUAAUGAGGAGUGUAGUUGUUUAGUUUGUGUAUAAGCUAUGCUACUGUGUGUGACUUGUGCAACAAUAGGAAAUGUAUAACAUUACUGUGUGUGGUAUAAAUAGAACAGAGCUUUAGAGAUUAAUUUAUUUUAUAAAUCAAAUAACGAUGGCACCAUGGCAUCUCGUCGCAAGUUAUAGAAAUAUAAUUUCUUUCAUAUAACAA